AUGAACGUUCUGCUAGGAGAAGUCAAGGCCACUGUCUUGCGCAAGUACAAGAAGAGCGCCUCAGUCUUUCUAGAGAACGCCGCUCUUGAUAUGAUGCUUACCGAACAUCCCGGUGACAUUCAGCGCUACGCCGGGUUCUACAAAAUGGUCUACCUCUUCCUCGACCCCUCUCACUGCCAAGAGUCAAAUCGACCAUUUGCGAACCCCCUUCUCACCAAGGACUCGACGAAUCGUUUCAUUUGGGAUAAGAUGGAGUAUGACUGCGCCGAUUACCUCGUAGACGAUGACGAUGAUCACCUUGAAUCGAUCGAGGCUGCAGCAGUUCGACCUAUUGAAGGGUCCAUCGGCGCACCCAUCAUUGUCGCUACGGAACAGGUGGCCGCUAUCUCGAAGAAGACGCAGAAGAAGACGUCUGCCAUCCAUCCUGGAGAAAACAUCAAGACGCGGCUUCGGCGCGUAUAUAACGACCGCCAGGAAGCAAAGAAGUUGGACAGCUGGCUGGCGUUGAAGGCUACGGUCGAGGCGGCUGCGACACUCAACGUCCCUGCUCACGUUUCCACUACCCAGUGGCACUUCUGGAACGCCGCUUUCUUGGAUAUCCUUCCGUGGCUACCAGCGCCCGAGCGCGCUGCUCGCCUCCUGGCCUUGGAGAGUCGCGAUGUCACUAACGAAACUUCUAAACCAUGGUCUGGGAUCUGGCAGACCUACCAGUACGUUCAACUCAUCGACGAGAUUGAAACAACUGGGUGGGACAAGACUCUGUGCGACUUGUCCGAAAACUAUGAAGACUUCUCCGAGAAGUUGGUAGAUCUCGACGUGGCCACGCGCAUGGCUCUGGGUCUGCCGGUUGCACUGCCGCCAGUUCGCGAGGAGAACACAUCGGUGCUUUCCGAGUUCACUGAUUCCAAGCCAUCAACUCCUCACACUCCGGUAGUCGACACUGGCGCUCAUCGUCCCAAGCUCCUCCCAAAGUCGCAGACUAUGCGGAAGAACUUCGGGUUGGCUUGCUUGGCUGAGAAGGUUACUGUAGCUCCUGAGGUCGCUGCACCGCCGGCACCUCCAAUUCCUACUGAUACCAAUAUCUUCGGUCUUCAUACGGUAGUGCCACGGAAGGCACGUCCACCGUUCGGUGGCUUCAUGUUUACUCCCUUGGUUUCGGAGACGGCCAGUGUCCAUCCCACGUCCGUGCUACUACAGUCCGCUCCAAAUUCACAGCUCCCCGAUACACCUAGCUUCGACUUCGGCUUCGCUAAGAGCACCUUUGACGCACCAAACCCGGCGUGCGCUCCGAAAUCCAAUGGAGGCGCUGGCUUCGGAAGAGAUUUCAUACCUCACAUGCCCAAGUCGUCUCCGGCUGAGCAGAUUACACAGCUCGUUGCACCGAUUGUCGAAAAGACAAAGUCUCUCUCCGUUGUGUUCGGUGCUCCAAUGGUUGGACCUGACUCAUCAUCACCAGCGGAACUGAACCUUUUCGCCCACCUUGUCGAGCCGACUGCUGACUUGGACACUGGUGAAGAGAAUGGAGAUCAAUGUAAGUGUAAGAUUUUACCAGGUAUCAAAGCGACUAUGGGCCGAAGUUACGAGCCUGUUUUGGACACAAUCGUCGAAGAGCCCGUCGAGCAGACUUCCGAAGAGCCCAAGAAUGGCGACGAGAAGCGAAGUUUCGACAACGAUUACGAAGACGACGACCACCUUAGCGGUUUAGUGGCCUCUUCAUGUUGGCUAACAACGGAAGAUGAUUUCAAUUACAUGAGAGAUGCAAUGUCUCUCUUUCGUGAGAGCAAGUCGCGAACCUACACCGUUGGGGAGUUUGUAAUUGAUUACAUCAUCACACGAGGCCUAGAUCUCCCGGCAGAAGAAUUGGUUCCUACAGUCACUGAGUUCUUGAACACUCUACCCUUCGACCACAGAUCUUUCGUUCAGACUCGAGAUGAGAAUGGGGUGGAAGCAGCUGCGAGCUUUGAGGAAGCAUUAGAAUUCUUCGAGCCACGUCUAAUAGCUUUAUCGACAGUGGUACAUAUAGAUGGCGCCCCUCCUGCGACAGGCAUAUCUAUGGCGCAUCCAGAAGAUGUCAAGGUUACUACUACUGUGCAGAGCGCGCCCAUCAUGGCAGUAGUACCCGAACGUCAAGCAAUGUACGAGGAUGACGAAAGCUACAACUACAUCAACGGCUACGAAUACCUGAUCCAGAUCGACUGCAGCGACCACGAUUCACAAGCUGAUGGUGGCGCCAAUAUCGACCGGCCAGAUGCUCUCGACGAACUUAUGCCAGACACCGGGGACAAGUCACCAUCUUUUGAGUGUGGAGUCGGCAUUGUGGAUAGUGAUUCCGCGUCCACUGCCACACUCACUCCCUCAUUGACGCACUCGCCUACUUCAGAAGCCGAGCUUGCCAUCGACAGCGAAAUGGCAGAAGGGUACAUGCUCGAUGGAUACGGCCGCCCACUCGAGCUGACCGGGAUGCCUCAAAAUGACAAGAAGUUCUUGGACGCGGUACAUACGAAGAUUGUCGCAGAAGAUGACCAGUAUGAGUUCGACUGGGCUGAGGUAGAUUGCCUUCUGGGCCCUCAAGACGAGGAAGAUGACGACGAUGAUUACGUUGUACCUACGGUCGAUGAAUUCGGGAAACCCAUCAAGCUUGAACUGGCCAUGGAGCCUCUAGAAGGCGACUGGGCUCAAGUUAUUCUCGCGCAGGUCUUUCCAGACUUCAAGCAAGCCGAGGCUAAGCUUUCUGAUGCCGCGCCGCAACUCGGGGUGGAAGUUGAUCAGACCUCCUUUUCGAAUAUGUUCGACUUCGAAUAUAUGUCCGAAUCGCUCGGUAUCCCGGAGAACACUUCCAUUGCGGCAGCGAGGUUGCCCGCAAUGCAAUUAGUUGGCACUCUGAUGCUCAUUUCCAUGCCCAUCUUCGCCGACUACGAUACGCUUCUGCAUGGGCUGUGCCUACAGGCUGCAGCAGUUGGCAGUGAUGCAGAAGAUGAGAAGGCAGACUACCGUCUACUUAGUCCCGCCAUACACGAUGUGGCGUUCAAAGCUGUGUCUACCAAGGACCCAAGACCACAAAAUGACAUCGGAAGUAGCAAUUCUGCUCAUCGCAACUUGACCACGGCUCAGCCGCUGACGUUCAACCGGCAUCACCCAGUCUACGACCUCCCGCGCUCUGACCUGGCCGUAUAUGAUUGGCUCAAAUCUCAACGACAAAGCAGCCUGACAAACAUCAGCGCGAACGAACUGGGUGAGCCAGCACCGUUCGAUGUGGCCAAACUUUGA